GGGCCCGCGGGCAGGAGGGGCCGAGCUCCUCUGAAUCAAUGACGGUGAAAUAGUCUACACUUGGCUCUUUGCUGGGUUGGGCUCUGCAUCCUGGUUUCUGGGGGCCGGUGUGUGGGGGGGAAGGCGCUCCCCCUGAAUCCUGGGGGGGCGGGUAUCUGGGAGCAGGCGGCCCCGCUUCCUGAGCACAGCAGGCAACUCGGAGCCAAGCCCCUCCUAAGUUUGGGUUCUGGCUUUCAGUCCAUGGCAGGGGGAGCAGGGCUGAGGCCCCCCGCCAUCCCCAUUGCAGGGGCGCUGGAGGGGCGAGCUCCAGACCCCUCCUCCCACUCCCCUAUAAUGGGCAGACCGGGCUGCACAACCACGGGCUCCCUACCCCUCCUCCCUGCCCCAGCACGCUAAGGAUGGAGUCUGUAAAGUCCGCUGUCAUCUUGAGUGUCUCCUGCUUCUUGGCGCCAAGCCAGCAGGGAAGGGGGGAGGGUGCUCACUCAGCCACUCCCGCACAUCCCUGACCUUAUCUGCCUCUCGCCCCCGAGGAGAUUAGUGUCCAGGUUACUCAGCCAUGCCGCCACCCCUGGCCUUGCCGCCCCCACAGCCUGCGGGUAUAAGACCAGGUAAACACGGUAGGGAGGCACCCAGGAUGGAGAUGCUCCAGGGGCUGCUGCUGUGGCUGCUGCUGAGCGUGGGGGCGGUGCGGGCAUCCAGGGGGCCGCUGCGGCCACUGUGCCGGCCCGUCAAUGCCACGCUGGCUGCCGAGAAGGAGGCCUGUCCGGUCUGCAUCGCCUUCACCACCAGCAUCUGCGCCGGCUACUGCCCCAGCAUGGUGCGGGUGCUGCCGGCCCCGCUGCCGCCGGUGCCCCAGCCGGUGUGCACCUACCGCGAGCUGAGCUUUGCCUCCAUCCGGCUCCCCGGCUGCCCGCCUGGCGUGGACCCGGUGGUCUCCUUCCCUGUGGCCCUCAGCUGCCGCUGUGGGCCCUGCCGCCUCAGCAGCUCCGACUGCGGGGGGCCCAGAGCCCAGCCCUUGGCCUGUGACCGGCCCACCCUCCCAGACCUCCUCUUCCUCUGAGGAUGCCCCCGCACCCCCACCCCCACCCGCACCCCCACCCGCACCCCCAAUAAAGGCCUCA